AUCAGUUGCCAGUUGCCACUUGCACUCACUUGGAUUGGAUUUUAUUGAAUUUUCCAGUAAAAUUGAUAUUUGUAGCGUGGCAUAGAAUUAUGAGUAGGAACUGAAAUAUAUUGAAUUGAUGUUCUCUGUAAGAUAUUGAUUAAUCAAACUCGAAAUGUACCAUAUGAAAAAUAUUUUAUCUUUUGAAAAAGAAAUAAUUCUGCCAAAGUGCAUGUAUCCUUUGAAAAAUCCGAUUGAAGCUACCGAAAAAGUCACCGAUAUAAAUAUAAGCGAGCAGGUUACAAAGUUUCUUAAGAAAAUGCCGAAUACUCACCUACUUGAUUUGGAAGAGAGGCAAGAUAAACUACUGCAGAAGUUAGAUAUUCUUUAUGAAAGAAUAAAAACAAUAAGUUCAUUCUGUAAAUUGGAAAAUCAUCAAGAGCCAAUAUAUAAAUCUGUUGCCAAUAAUAAGCCAGAUGAUAUUGUGUUAAUUUUGAAUGUUGAGACAUUGCCAUGGUUUUUAAAUAUAUUUUUAAAAAAUGUUGGCACUAUCAAUGUCUCUUGGCACAUUCUAUCUACAGUACCCCAGGCAAAAGUUAUAAAAAUCCAAGAUUUCUUUCAGAAGUUUCAACAUUUGUAUCAAUUACAAAAAGAUGCCAAAAUUAAUUUCAGGCUGAUAUUUAAACAUAUGGCUAAACCACAAAUUAAAGUGUCAUCCUUGAGUUUACCAAUUCGUGGUACAGUAAGCAUUAUAAGAUACUUAUGCCUUAUUUAUAAAGACAUUGUUCCGUAUGACUAUAACAAUCACGAAGUUGAUGGUUUAUUAGAUAUUUUCUACCAAAUUGAAUCUACCUCUGAUAGAAAUAGGCAAACUAUAAUUUCUAAAAUCUUUAUGUAUUCCGACACUUGGAUUUUCAACAAUAACUUCUCAAUCGUCGAUUUAGCAGCAUUCAAUAUAAUCAAACAGAUGCCACAUGGUUAUAGACUUGUACCAAAAAAAUGGUUUUCUGAUUGUGAGAAUAUCAUUUUAUAAAUUUUAUAAAAAAAUUAAUCAUUUUGCUAAAUUUCUGUAAACAUGUUUUUUUUAAAUAUAUUUAAGAUAAGGCUAGUUUGCAUAUUUAAAUACUAAUAGCAUCAGACUCGCUGCCCGCAGGGUCGUUAAUAUAACUUGGCUGCAGGACACCUCAUAUAAAGCCCUUUGUCGCAUAUUCGGAUCUUAUGAAAUACAUUACUUUCGGGCUAAUUGUAAAUUGAACAAAAUCAGUAAAAAGAGUUCAUGUGUAUUACUUCUCGAUACCUGUUAUUGCAAUAAUAGUGUUGACUGGUGAUACGGGAUUAAAGCAAAGUAUGGGAUUGAGAAAAAUGCAAGAGCCCAGAAGAAACAAAACAAUCUUAAUCCACGCCAACACUUUGAACGAUCUAAGCUAGAAGAUAUUCAUACGGUUUAGCAAAUGCGCCGCAUAAAAUUGUGAACUGGAAUGAACGCGUAUACUAAGGAAAGCUCGCAAGCAUACAUAUGAUUAUAUAAUACAUAUGAUUGCAGGUUACUGUGUUCUUAUAUAGACUUUGAAUAUUGUGUAUUGUGCAAUAUCGGUUUGAAUGAUGCAAAUAUGACAAAAAACAUAAUUACUUAUAUAUAUUAUAAGUAUGUAAUUAAAUGUUUUUUUUUCAUGCCAUUAUUCUUCUAAAUGUUAAUAGGAUCAAUGUCUGUCAUUGACAAAAAUAAUUGCAUAUGAUUUAAAUUGAAUUAUACUGUGGGCAGUGAUUUAUGUAUAUCUAAUAUAAAUACUAAUUUAUAAAUCGCACACAUUAUUGAAAAAAAUAACAACUAUGUGGACAUAUCGGAAACAUUUAAAAAUCAGCCUACAAAGUUGCAAACGAAAAAGAAAGUCGGUAACCUUAUGGUAAAAUAAUCCUUUAACUCAAUAAACUUUCAUUUAUUAUAUGUACUGAUUAUGUAUGUCCUACAGGAUACAUAGAUAAAAAUAUAAUAUUUAAAUAUAUAUAAUUAUGCGUUCUUAUUUUAUACAAUUUCGAUGUAAGCCAGCCUUUUAACUCCAAAAUAUAAAUACAAUUUUUCUCGUGAACCACCUAUUAGCAUGUGUCCGUAACCAGUUUGCGAGAAACACUAAAAUAUAAACUAAAUUUAAAUUUGUUUAAUAUUGGUGCUUUUAAUUCUAUCCUUAGUAACCCUACGAGUAUUUCAGCAAUUAAAAUCUAUAAUUUGUUAGUGAUUUUCUCAAACAGAUGAAGAAAAAAAAGGUAGGUACCUUUGGCAUCAAGUAUUUAUA